AUAGCUUCACCAUGAGAAAUCUGAAGUUACUUCGGACCCUGGAGUUCAGGGAUAUUCAGGCUCCAGGGACACCUCAGUGCUUCUCUUUCCGAACUGAGCGGAGCACAGUGCUCAUUGGCUCAGAACAUGGACUGGUAGAAGUGGACCCUGUCACAAGAGAAGUGAGAAAUGAAAUUUCUUUAGUGGCAGAAGGCUUUCUCCCGGAGGAUGGAAGUGGCCACAUUGUUGGUAUUCAGGACUUGCUGGAUCAGGAGUCUGUGUGCAUGGCCACGGCUUCUGGAGAUGUCAUACUGUGCAAUCUCAGCACGCUCCAGCUGGAAUGUGUAGGGAGUGUAGCCAGUGGUAUUGCAGUCAUGAGUUGGAGUCCUGAUCAAGAGCUGGUGCUUCUUGCUACAGGUCAACAGACUCUGAUUAUGAUGACAAAAGACUUUGAACCGAUCAUGGAGCAUCAGAUCCACCAGGAUGAUUUUGGUGAAAACAAGUUUAUCACAGUUGGAUGGGGCAGGAAGGAGACCCAGUUCCACGGAUCAGAAGGCAGGCAAGCGGCCUUUCAGGUGCAAAUGAUUGAGUCUGCUUUGCCCUGGGAUGACCAAAGACCACAAGUCACCUGGCGUGGUGAUGGACAGUUUUUUGCCGUGAGUGUUGUUUGCCCAGAGACAGGGGCUCGGAAGGUCCGAGUGUGGAACCGUGAGUUUGCUUUACAGUCAACCAGUGAGCCUGUGGCAGGACUGGGCCCAGCUCUGGCCUGGAAGCCCUCGGGCAGUUUGAUUGCAUCCACACAAGAUAAACCCAACCAGCAGGACGUGGUGUUUUUUGAGAAAAAUGGACUUCUCCAUGGACAGUUUAUGCUUCCUUUCCUCAAAGAUGAGGUGAAGGUCAAUGACCUGCUCUGGAACGCAGAUUCCACUGUGCUUGCAGUUUGGUCAGAAGACCUUCAGAGGGAAGAAAAUUCCACUCUAAAAACCUAUGUUCAGCUCUGGACUGUGGGGAACUACCACUGGUAUCUCAAGCAAAGUCUGAUCUUCAGCGCCUGUGGGAAGAGCAAGAUUGUGUCUCUGAUGUGGGACCCGGUGACCCUGUACCGGCUGCAUGUUCUCUGUCAGGGCUGGCACUACCUCUGCUAUGACUGGUGCUGGACGACUGACCGGAGCUCGGGGGAUUAUUCAAGUGACAUGGCAAACGUGGCUGUCAUCGAUGGAAACAGGGUAUUGGUGACAGUCUUCCGGCAGAGUGUCGUCCCACCUCCCAUGUACACCCAUCGAAUGCUGCUCCCAGAGCCUGUGAAUCAAGUCAUGUUCUCUGCGUGCCCUGAAAGGAGUAACGACCUCGCUAUCCUCGAUGCCAGCAACCAUAUUUCUGUCUAUAAAUAUGGUGAUAGUUCAAGUGUGGAUCCCACGGUGAAACUGGGAGCUGUGGGUGGAAGUGGAUUUAAAGUUUCCUUUGAGACACCUCAUCUGGAAAAGAGAUACAAAAUUCAGUUUGAGAAUAGUGAAGAUCAAGAAGUGAAUCCACUGAAGCUCAGCUUUCUCACCUGGAUCCAAGAUGACGUCUUCCUGGCCGUUCGCCACAGUCAGUCCAGCCCACAGUCCGUCAUUCACCAUCUCACCGUGGCCUCUUCCGAGACAGAUGACCAGCAAGGACAGCUCACUAUUAGUUCAUCUGUGACAGUGGAUGGGGUCAUAAUCAGCCUAUGUUGCAAUUCCAAGACCAAGACAGUAGCAUUGCAGCUAGCUGGUGGCCAGAUAUUGAAGUACCUUUGGGAAUCACCUUCUCCAGUUGUUGAACCCUGGAAGAACCCAGGUGGAUUUCCUGUUCAAAUUCCUUAUGAAUGCGCACAGACUGAAUUGGCCGUGAUUGGAGGGAAGGAGUAUGUCCUUGGUCUGACUAACAGGUGUCGCUUUUUCAUCAAUGACAAUGAGGUUGCUUCCAAUAUCACAUCAUUUGCAGUAUAUGAUGAGUUUUUGUUGUUAACAACUCAUUCUCACACCUGCCAGUGUUUUUGUCUGAGUGAUGCUUCAUUAAAAACAUUACAGGCAGGUCUGAGCAGCAGUCACGCGUCUAACGGGGAAACGCUGCGGAUGGUGGAGCGGGGUUCACGCAUUGUCACUGUUGUGCCCCAGGACACAAAGCUGAUACUGCAGAUGCCAAGGGGAAACUUAGAAGUUGUUCAUCAUCGAGCCCUGGUUUUAGCUCAGAUUCGGAAGUGGUUGGACAAGCUUAUGUUUAAAGAAGCAUUUGAAUGCAUGAGAAAACUGAGAAUUAAUCUCAAUCUGAUUUAUGAUCAUAACCCUAAGGUGUUUCUUGAAAAUGUGGAGUCCUUCAUAAAACAGAUAGAUUCUGUAAACCAUAUUAAUUUGUUUUUCACAGAAUUGAAGGAAGAAGAUGUCACAACUACCAUGUACCCUCCACCAGUUCCCGACACUGUCCCACAGUCCAGGGGUCUCGAGGGGAGUAAAGUAGACCUUAUCUGCGAUGCCAUGCGAGCUGCCAUGGAGAGCAUAGACCCUGACAAGUACUGCCUGUCCAUCCUCACCUCUCAUGUGAAGAAAACAACCCCAGAACUGGAAGUUGUGCUGCAGAAGGUACACGAGCUUCAAGGAAGCACUACCCCUGUUCCUGAUGGUGUGAGUGCUGAAGAGGCCCUGAAGUAUUUGCUGCUGCUGGUAGAUGUGAAUGAAUUAUAUGAUCAUUCCCUUGGGACCUAUGACUUUGAUUUGGUCCUCAUGGUAGCUGAGAAGUCACAGAAGGAUCCAAAAGAAUAUCUCCCAUUUCUUAAUACACUUAAGAAAAUGGAAACUAAUUAUCAGCGGUUCACUAUAGACAAAUACCUGAAACGGUAUGAAAAAGCCAUUGGCCACCUCAGCAAAUGUGGACCCGAGCACUUCCCAGAAUGCUUAAACUUAAUAAAGGAUAAGAACCUGUAUAAUGAGGCCCUGAAGUUAUAUCCACCAGACUCGCAGCAGCACAAGGAUAUCAGCAUUGCUUACGGGGAACACCUGACGCAGGAGCACCUCUAUGAGCCAGGGGGGCUGGUGUUUGCCCGCUGUGGUGCCCACCAAAAAGCUCUUGAUGCCUUUGUGGCUGCUGGCAGCUGGCAGCAGGCUCUCUGUGUGGCGGCCCAGCUGCAGCUGAGCAAAGAGCAGCUGGCUGGCCUCAGCAGAGCUCUGGCAGGAAAGCUAGUUGAGCAGAGUAAGCACAGUGAGGCGGCCACAGUUUUGGAACAGUACGCCCAGGAUUAUGAAGAAGCUGUGCUCUUGCUGUUAGAAGGAGCCGCCUGGGAAGAUGCUCUGAGACUGGUUUACAAAUAUAACAGGCUGGAUAUUAUAGAAACCAACGUAAAGCCUUCCAUUUUAGAAGCCCAGAAAAACUAUAUGGCAUUUCUAGACUCUCAGACAAGCACUUUCAGUCACCAUAAAAAACGUUUACUGGUGGUUCGAGAGCUCAAGGAGCAAGCUCAGCGUGUCUAUCUAGAUGAUGAGGCGUCCCGCGGUCAACAGUCUGACUUCUUCUCCGAAACUAGCAGUGUCAUGAACGGCAGUGACAUGAGUGGCAGAUAUUCCCAAAGCAACUCCAGGAUAUCAGCGCGAUCAUCUAAGAAUCGCCGUAAGGCAGAGCGGAAGAAGCACAGUCUCAAAGAAGGGAACCCCCUGGAGGAGCUGGCCCUUUUGGAGGCUUUGAAUGAAGUGGUGCAAGGCACUGAAAAAUUGAAAGAUGAAAUACACUGCAUUUUGAAGGUGCUCUUUCUCUUCGAGUUCGAUGAGCAAGGGAGAGAAUUGCAGAAGGCCUUUGAAGAUACCCUGAAGCUAAUGGAGAAGUCCCUUCCAGAAAUUUGGACUCUCAGCCACCAGCACUCAGUUACGCCUGUUCUGGGUCCCAAUUCUACUUCCAACAGUAUCAUGGCUUCUUAUCAACAACAGAAGACUUCAGCUCCUGUUCUUGAUGCUGAGUUUUUGAUACCACCGAUGAUCAACAAAAGAACCCAGUGGAAACUGAGCCUGUUGGAGUGACGGCUCCUCGUUGGGAGGCCUCGGCAGAGAAGACGUUUUCUUUCACCUUCAGUCCUCCAGGCCUGGCUGCCGAGACCCGGGAAAGGGAAGACUAUGAUCUACCUUCGCAUUGCCGAGAGCUGCUCCGUGCAGCAGACCUCUGCACACACCACACAAUUCUAUUUUCUUUUAUUUUGCAUAGAGUUUUAAUUCACUAAACUUUAAUCUUUAGUCAACAUAGCAUCAUUUUGUUAGGUUUAGUGUUCUUUUAUUUAGUGUUUUUUGAGAGCAUAUUUCUGGUAUUUAUGAUAAACAGGAGCUGGGGUUUCAUGCCCAGUUGCAGGUCUAAGUCAUAUUGGGACCUUAGACAAGUCACAUAAUUAAUUUGUGCCUCAGUUCAUUGAGAAUAAUGUUUCAUGGUUUCUACCUCAAACAUGUGAAGAAAUGUUUUUAAAUUGCUUUAUGUUCCUGGAAGAGAGCAUUGUUUAUCAACAACAUGGCUGUUAGUGCUACCAACAGUUAGUCACAUUUCGUCACUUCAAUGGCUUUUUCACAUUGAACUAGAGCAGAAUGAAAAGCUAGCUGUAUCCUCUGAAAUACAAAGCUUUUCCCUGCUAACAGCUGUUAUUUUGCAGUAUCUAACCUGAUUAUGUGCUCCCAGUUAUAACUGGGGUAAGCCUUCCAUCACUACAGUGUCCACAAGGACUGUUUUCACUGCCUGUGAGUUUUCUGCUACAGACUUAGCAGAACAGAGUAGAAUUUCUGAAACACAUCAUGCAAUUUGUUAUGGUGAGCAGUAUUCAUCAGAUGGCAUGUACGGUUGUGAGUUACUCCUUUUUCUCCAAAUACUGCAUCUUUUAACAAAAUGUUUUUGUCAGUGUCUAGACCAUUUCAUUUCUUUUUUUCUGUAUAGUACCUAACUGACCUCUAUCUUUUAGUUAUUUUCUUUGAAAGAACUGAGAAUAUUUUCUCUUCUUGGUCAGUCUAGAAAAAGCUCAUGUCAUGUUGAUGCUAGUUUUGGGGCUCUUAGGUAAGAUUAAAAAUUUCUUCCAUGCCUUUAGUGCCAGACCCAGAUCUUCAUCACUAUACAUAAACUAACUGGAAAUGCUGCUUUUGAUUCUGAGUAUAGGUAUAUCCAGAAUUAUAAUUUCAGACUUUUCUUAAUAUAGCAAAAUGUUAGCUGUAGAAUCUAGGUGUGUUCCCUGUGUAAUUCAACUUUUCUGUGUGUCUGAAUAUUUUCACAAAAUAAAAAAGAAGAGAUAAAGAUAAUGUAUAUCCUGCUUAGGAGAAAUUGGCUUUUUGGUGCAUACCCAUAUGGAUUUGCUGUAAUUAAGUUCUCAACACUGAAAGGCUAAAAGUGCUUUGUGUCUCCCCUUUGGCAUGGAUAAAUGAGCAUGAUAACUGCUAUGACAUUUUAAUAAGUUCCAGUGCUCUUGGUAUGGGUAAUAGUAAAGGGACUUGCCAAUGGCUUGGAAAUACAAGUAAAUGUGUUUUGAUAAUGG